AUUUGUUUAAGUUAACGCUGAUCACAUGGUCCUGUCUUUUCACUAUAUGAUAUGCAUGUUCUGCGGCACUUGUCCUAUGAAACGUCUACUGCUGUGAUCAGAAGGAAAAGUCAUCUAAGUUGUUGGCCAUUACUGAUCUACAUGAGUGCAGAAAUGAACGACAAUAAUCCAAAGAGACAAGAUCUAAGUGAGGUAAACUGUGAAAAACAACUUGAAAGAGUGUUGUGUGGAAAGCAGAUGUUUGAAAAAGCAUCAGAAGUGACGAAUACUCUAAAGAAAAAGAAAAAAAUUGAAGAGGAUGAGGAGCACCAUAAUACAUUUUCAAGCGAAAAAGCAAUGGACGAAGAUGAGCUUGUGAAACAGUAUGUAACUAAACUUAGCAUUUUAACUUUUAUUGACUCAUUUAAAGUCUUAUUUUUGUAAAUCAAUAAUUAUUUUCUCAUGAUCAUUUUCUUUAAAUUCCUUUUUAAUACGAGGGCCGUUCAAUAAUUACGCGGACUUGUUGCCAAGAAAAAAUAUUUUUGGUGACAUAAUUAGGUAAAAUGUCACACAUAGUGUAAAAGAAUAUUUACUUUUAUGGUCUUCGAAAAAUCA